UCCACCAGCUGGUGGAGAACACAGAUGAGACAUUAACGAGGCCCUGUUUGACAUCUGCUUCCGUACUCAGAAAAUCCUAAUGCCCACUUACGGUGACCUCAACAACCUGGUCUCAGCCACCAUGAGCGGGGUGACCACCUGCCUGCGCUUCCCUGGCCAGCCGAACGACAGUCUGAGGAAAUUGGCUGUCAACAUGGUGCCCUAUCCCCGGAUGCAUUUCUUCAUGUCAGGCACUGCCCCACUGACCAGCCGGGGCAGUCAGCAGUACCGGGCUCUGACAGUCCCUGAGCUGACCGUGCAGAUGUUCGACGCAAAGAACAUGAUGGUAGCGUGUGACCUGCGCCACGGGCACUACCUGACGGCCGCCGCCAUCUUCAGAGGACGCGUGUCCAUGCAGGAAGUCAAGGAGCAGAUGUUGAACAUGAUAGACAAGAACAGCAGCUACUUCGCGGAGUGGAUCCCCAACGUCAGAACGUCCUUCUUUGACAUCCCUCCACACGGUCUCAAGAUGGCCGCCACUUUCAUCGGCAACAACACGGCCAUUCAGGAGCUGUUCAGACGCACCUUGGAGCAGUUCACCGCCAUUUUCCGCCGCAGAGCCUUCCUCCACUGGUACACUGGUGAAGGUAUGGAUGAGAUGGAGUUCACCGAGGCUGAGAACAACGUGAACGACCUGGUGUCAGAGUAUCAGCAGCACCAGGACACCACCGAAGAGGAAGAGGGAGAGUUUGAGGAGGAAGGUGAACACCCACCGUGAUUUAUUUCAGGCUUUAAACCUGAUCAGCCAUAAUCAGUUCAGUUUAAACAAUAUAUAUAUAUAUUGUGUAUAAAAUGUUGAUUUAAUAGUUUAAUAAAGCUUUUUGACCUGGUGCUACAGCUGGUCUCAUGUUUUUAUUCUAAGCUGUAUGUUUUUGUGCUUUACUACAUUCACUUAACCUGAUAGUAAAGAAAUCCAUUGAUCGCACACCAGGGCUAGAGGAGAUCAGGGAAAAAGCAAGAAAAAUAGUUGGUUAUUUUAGGUCCAGCACAACAGCAAAGGAGAAGCUCUGCCAAAUGCAGCAGCAGUUGGGUCGGCCCAACCUAAAACUGCUGCAAGAGGUUGAAACCAGAUGGAACAGCACUUAUACCAUGCUGCAGCGUUUAUUUGAGGCUUUAAACCUGAUCAGCAGUAAUCAUUUCAGUUUAAAAUAUAUAUAUAAGUAAAGAUUUAGUUCACUGUUUAAGUCUGGAUAAAUUGAGCAGUUAACAUUGGAUUUUAAGUCUGUAAAACGACACAUUUUGUUCAUUCAACUUCUUUUUGUGCUUUUUAAGCAGCUAAACUGACAUUUCUGAAUGUAGAACUUAAGUUGAGCUUUGGAUAAGAUAUUCUGUAUGUUUGUUUUCACAGGUGUUUCUGUAAAGUUCUCUUCGCUGUGAAAUAUUUUGUUUAGAUUAAAACUGUUUCAUUUUUUUUUGGACCGAAACAGUGAGUUUUCUGUUCUGUAAAUGUGCCUUAUAUAGAGUUUAAUAAAGCUUUUUGACCUGGUGCUACA